AUGGCGCAAGUGUUUUUCGACCUCGUUUCCUCCUUUGGGAGCUGCCUCAACUGCUUCCCCAGCUCGCCCACGCUCAAGGUCAACAGCCGCAGCUUCAAGAUCCUGCGCCUGCUAGGCGAGGGCGGCUUCUCCUAUGUCUACCUCGUGCAAGACACCUCCACAUCCGAGCUCUUCGCGCUCAAAAAAAUCCGGUGCCCGUUCGGCGCCGAGUCGGUGGCGCAGGCGAUGAAGGAGGUGGAGGCGUACAAGCUGUUCGCGCAUAGCGCCGGGGUGAUCCACAGCGUCGACUACGCCAUCGCCACGGAGCGCGGCGGCGGCGAGCAGACCAAGACCGUCUACGUCCUGCUGCCCUACUACCGCCGCGGCAACCUGCAGGACAUGAUCAAUGCGAAUCUGGUGAAUCAUGCAAGGUUUCCUGAGAAGAGGUUGAUGUUGCUGUUUUUGGGCGUGUCCAACAUCAUGAUCUCGGACUCGGGCACGGAGCCCAUCAUCAUGGACCUCGGGUCCGUCGCCGUAUCACCGCUGCCCAUCACCAGCCGAUCCAUCGCCAUCGCCACCCAAGACACCGCCGCCGAGCACAGCACGAUGCCGUACCGGGCGCCGGAGCUGUUCGACGUCAAGACGGGCACGGUGAUCGACACCAAGGUCGACAUCUGGUCGCUCGGCUGCACGCUGUACGCCUGCCUCGUCGGCAAGUCGCCCUUCGAGAUGCGCAGCGACGAGACGGGCGGCUCCCUGAGCAUCUGUGUCUUGUCGGGCGACUGGCGCUUCCCUGACGAGGGCCCCGGCGGGAAGCCCAAGUCCAAGGGGAAGGGCCCGGCUGCGGCUGCGGCGGACGACGAGGCCAUCAGCGAGCCUAUCCGUGAGGUGGUCAGGGGGUGUCUGAAGGUGGAGCCGGCUGAGCGGCCGGAUAUUGAUGAGUUGAUUGCGAUGGUCGAGCGGGUCGUGGAGGAGCUGCCUGAGGAUGGCUCGGCUUGA